AUGUCCGCUACCAUGAGAACGACCGGAUUGGUCCGCGGAACACCUGCUUUCCGGUCUGCGCUGAUCGCAGGCCGUAGUCGUUCCAGUGCAAUCAGCCCGGCCUCCAUUGCAGCCCGCAGUCUUCUACGAAAUGGCCGCGACCUGCCAUCCCAAAUAUCGGCGCUUGCCGUUCUGAUCCCUCAGCGUGGAUAUGCGACCGAGCAAUCCACAUCGAACAAUCCUUCUCAGAACUACCCUCCCCCCGGGUUCAAUGCUGAGCAAGCCAAGAAGCCGCUCUCCCAAGAACAGACCACAGUGUCACAAUCUACAGUCGCCAAGACCCAGCCCGCCGAGACACAGUCAACUGCUAGCAAGCAAACAGACGCUGGAGUUGUCGCAAAGAUGAACCCGGAGGACCAGAAGUUGGCCGAGAAGAAGAAUGCGAAAAAGUUGACGCUUGGACAAAAGAUCAAGAAAGAGUUGCAGCACUACUGGGACGGCACAAAGUUGCUUUCCACCGAGGUCAAGAUUAGUUCCAGACUGGCGUUGAAGAUGGCCGGUGGUUAUGAGCUCAGUCGUCGAGAGCAUCGCCAGCUCCAACGUACUACGAAGGAUCUUGGACGUUUGGUUCCAUUUUCGAUGUUCCUCAUCGUUCCCUUUGCCGAACUCCUGCUCCCCGUCGCCCUAAAGAUCUUCCCCAACAUGCUCCCCAGCACCUAUGAGGGGCAGAAGGCCCGCGAUGCCAAGGCGUUGAACCUCAGAUCGACCCGCAAAGAAGUUUCUGGAUUCUUGCGCAACACCAUACGUGAGAGCGGUCUGCCCUUGACCGCUGCCACCGUCAAGAACGAGGAAUUCACAGACUUUUUCCGCAAGAUCCGCACCACCGGCGAAUCGCCCUCAACAGAGGAUGUCAUCAAGGUCUGCAAGAUCUUCAAGGAUGACCUGACCCUUGACAACCUGUCUCGACCACAGCUGGUCGGCAUUUGCCGCUACAUGAACCUGAAUGCCUUUGGUACCGACGCCAUGCUCCGGUACACCAUCCGACACCGCAUGCGCCAGAUCAAGCGUGAUGACCGUGCGAUCUACCACGAGGGUGUUGAUUCGCUCUCCGUUCCCGAACUGCAGAUGGCCAGCGCCUCGCGCGGAAUCCGCACACACGGCGUCUCCCCCGCGCGCCUGCGGGAGGAUCUCGACAUGUGGCUCGAGCUGCGUCUCAAGCAGGGCGUUCCGUCAACUCUGUUGGUUUUGAGCAAUGCCUACCUGUACACGCAGGGUAGCAAGGAGUCCGAGUUUGCGUCACAAAUCGACGCGCUCAAGUCUGUGCUCUCCAGCAUUCCGGAGGAGUUGUUCCACGAGAUCGAGCUCGAGGUCCACAAUGCCGAGGGUGCUGCUACCAACAAGCAGCGUCUUGAGGUUAUCAAGGAGCAGGAGGAGCUGAUCGAGGAGGAGAAUGAGCAGAACAGCGAGAACGAGGGCAAGGGUGUUUCCGCGCCUAAGGAUAUCGAUGAUAUCGACGAGAAGGAGGAGGCUAAGGGUGAGGCUCUGGCUGAUGGCGCUAAGCAGUCUGCUGAGGCUAACGAGGCCUUGGUAGAAGGUGAGCGCGCCGAGAAGGUCGCCGAGGCCACCGAGUCCAAGGAGAAGAAGGGCGAAAGUUUGUAG